AUGACAAACAAGGAGCUGAAGAACCGCCUGGCCAGCUCGGAGGGGCAGCACCGGCCCAGCAGCACCGUGUCCCAGCUGGAAGCGCGGCUGGAGGAGCUGCAGGACCAGCUGCAGGCCGAGGAGAGGGAGAAGAACGUCCUGCUCUCCUCCAACCGCAAGCUGGAGAGGAAGGUGAAGGAGCUCACCAUCCAGAUCGACGACGAGCGGCAGAGCGUCAGCAACCAGAAGGACCAGCUGAGCCUGCGGGUGAAGGCCCUGAAGCGGCAGGUGGACGAGGCGGAGGAGGAGAUCGAGCGCCUGGAGGGCGCGCGGAAGAAGGCGCAGCGGGAGCUGGAGGAGCAGCACGAGCUCAACGAGCAGCUGCAGAACCGCGUCAAGGCGCUGGAGAAGGAGGCCUGGCGCAAAGCCGCGCGCUCGGCGGUCGCCGACUCGUCGCUGCAGGACGAGCAGCUGAGCUCGGACGAGGAGUUCGACAGCGCCUACGGCCCGUCCUCCAUCGCCUCCCUGCUCAACGAGCCCAACCUCCAGACCAGCUCCUGCUGA